AUGGGAAUUGAUUUACAGCUCAACAGGGUAAAGACACUACUUUCGAAGCUUGAUUUUAGCCCAACCUUCAAAGCUGUUCACAUCGCAGGUACAAAUGGGAAGGGAUCAGUAAGCUCGUAUGUGUCUCAUGCGCUCACGGCUCAAGGAAUCCGCAACGGCCGUCUGAACUCGCCACAUCUGCUAUACAAAUGGGACUCUGUGCAAAUAAACGAUAAAGCAGUACCAGAGAGAGAUUUCGCUGCUGCAGAGGGACGUGUUCGUGAAGUAGACCGUCGAGAUAACAUCAAUUGCACGGAGUUCGAGCUACUCACCUGCACAGCCUUGAAGAUGUUCAAUGAAAAACGAGUGCGGGUGGCAGUUCUUGAGACCGGCCUCGGGGGACGGUUGGAUGCCACCAACGUACUAGCAGCAGCAGACACACUGUGCACGGCUAUAACAAAGAUAGGAUUGGAUCACGAGCAUUUGCUGGGAAGCACACUUGAGAAGAUAGCGUACGAAAAAGCAGGAAUACUCAAAGAAGGUGUCCCAUGUGUUGUUGAUGGAUCCAAUGAAAGCUCUGUUUUGCGCACAAUCGAGCAAGUGGCAAGAAAAAAAGGCUCAGAAUAUUUGCCAGUGAGUGAUUCUCCGGCCCAAAAGUUUGAACGUUUGGGAGCAUGUCUGGGAGAUUUCCGUACGAAUCUCCAAGGCGAGUACCAGCAGAUGAACCUUUCUGUUGCCCUUGGGAUAUUAGAAGUCAUUUCUAGGUCCAUCCCAAUUCGAAAAGAUGCCAUAGAGCUCGGCAUCAGAAACACGAGUUGGCCAGGCCGAUUGCAAAAACUUGAUCUCAAACUCCGGUCAGAUAAAGUCCCAGUUUUGCUUGAUGGAGCGCAUAAUAGUCAAGCAGCGGAACAGCUUUCAAAAUACUUGGGCUCUUCUCGGUCAACGGGAGUCACGUUUGUUAUAGCAAUGACGUCUGGGAAAGACGUCUCCGGGCUGCUUCAGUCUCUCAUCAAACCCCAAGACACGGUCAUUUUCACACGGUUUUCGGAACCCGUGGAUGGAAUGCCCUGGAUUGAAAGUUAUUCUCCCGAGGAACUAUUUAAUAAAGCACGGCUCAAUGUCGACUCCACCAUCCAGCCAAACCUGGAAGCGGCAUUAUCAGCGGCCCAAAAUACCCAGAAACCCAUCGUGAUUUGCGGCAGUCUGUAUUUAGUGGCAGAAGUGCUGCGUUUGCAUUUACGCAAUGGAGGCGUCCAGACAUGGUGA